AUGGUGGAUUUCACUCUUUCUGACUCUGAAAAUGCUACUCGUACAGCCGCACGAGGUUUUGCAAAGGCACACCUCGCCGGCGCGAAAGCUAUAUAUUCUAACUUCUCUUCCCCAGCUGAGCGCUUUCAAUCUAUUAAGCCCAUUUAUGCUGAAGCUGUCAAAGCUGGUCUCCUCAAUGGACAAGUGCCCGCCCCAGUUGGAGGCACAAGCGCGAACCUUGUCGAGGCGGCCAUCCUAGUAGAAGAGUUCUACGCCGUUGAUGCGUCUGCUUCGUUGACGAUAUUCGCGACGGGUCUUGGUCUUACGCCGCUUGCGCUGGCAUAUCAACCGCAAUUCAAGGAAUUUAUGGACCCUUUUUUAUCUGGGGAAGGAGCCCCAUUGGCAUCUCUGGUUUUUUCAGAACCCGCUGGAGUGGCGAACUGGCUAGAGCCUGGUGCUCCAGGACUACAGACUACAGCGUAUUUGGACGGAGAUGAGUGGGUUUUAAAUGGGGAAAAGCUCUGGGCUACGAAUUCAGCAGGAUGGGACUUCCGAGGAGCAGAUCUUGGCUGCGUUGUUUGCCGUUGCGUGAACGAGGAUGUAGUUUCGAAAUCGUCGCAUCCGCAAGAUCUCACCAUGGUGUUGCUCGUCACCAAGGCCGAUAUCGAAAGAAGCGGAGAGGGCAGCUUCGAGGUCCUCAAACACGUCGAGACUCUAGGCCACACAGCUGUUUCAGGGCCUCACAUCAAGUACACGAACGUUCGCGUGCCUGCUAAAAACCUACUGUGCCCACCAGGAACUGGUGCCGCUGUUGUUAAUCAUUCAUUCGAGAUAUCCGCCAUGCUUGUAGGUGCAAUGGGUGUUGGCCUUCAACGAGCUGCCUUUGACGCCGCACUCGCAUUCUCUCGCGAUACACGAGGGGGAACUGUCCCAAUUGGCAACCGUCAAUCUGUAGCAGAUUUGUUGAUAAACAUCAAGAUGAGAACCGAUACUUCAAGACUUCUGACGUGGAAAGCCGCUCACUGCCUCCUUGCUGGUCCUGGCGAGCAUGAGCAACGACGAGAGCUGUCGCUACAGGCAAAGAUAUUCUGCUCUGAUGCUGCAGUACAGUCUUGUACUGACGCUAUCAAUGCAGUUGGAAUAUCUGCAUAUAAUCUCGACUACCCCUUUGGAGAUCUACUCAACACCGCUAUGGUCCUUCCCAUUUUUGAUGGGGGAAAUAUUGGUAUUCGUCGACGGGCAUUGCAAAGUAUCUUCAUGUCGGAAGGGUAUCAACCGUGGCUUACGUCCUUCGGUUCUGAUUAG